GCCGUGCCUUCAGCCUAGUAGGGUUUGUAAAUGGCCGUACUGCUUCCUCAGGUAAAUGAAAUCGGUGCUGUGACACACACAGUAAACAACGAGACAGCAUAAGAACGGCUUGUGUUUUAUGUACAGCUGCUUUCAAACGACUCAGGGUUACUUCAUAAAGCAGGCUCCACCACUCUCUCCUCACAAUGGCUAGCCAGCCAGACCCUGUCAAUCCCAGCCACGCUCUGUUUGAUCGAUUCGUCCAGGCCCAGACUUGCAAAGAGGCCCUGCAGAACUUCAGUGAACUCUGUCGCCACCUAGAGUUGGACCCUAAAGACUACAAGCACUUUUACAGCAAACUCAAGGACAGACUCAACUACUGGAAGGCCAAAGAUCUUUGGCAGAAAAUAGAUAAGAGAGCCGCCCAUCCAGAUUAUGAACAGGGCCAAGUCUGUCGCCAAAACAAGUGUUUAGUGUUGGGAGCUGGUCCGUGUGGUCUGAGGACUGCUAUAGAGUUGGCCUUGCUUGGUGCUCAGGUGGUUGUACUGGAAAGAAGGGGAUCUUUUACCAGAAAUAACGUUUUACACUUGUGGCCCUACACCAUCCGUGAUCUGCGAAACUUCGGCGCAAAGAAAUUUUAUGGAAGAUUCUGCACUGGCACCCUUGAUCAUAUCAGUAUCCGUCAGCUGCAGUUGAUUCUCCUAAAGUUGGCUGUUCUUUUGGGUGUUGAAGUUCAUACAUGUGUGACUUUUCAAAGACUUCUCGAACCAUCAGGAACCACAGGAUGGAGGGCAGAAGUGUCUCCAAACUCUCACCCAGCCGGUGCAUUUCAGUUUGAUGUUUUAAUCUCAGCUGGAGGAGGACGUUUUGUGCCUGAUGGUUUUAAGAUAAAGGAGCUCAGGGGGAAACUGGCUAUCGGUAUCACAGCAAACUUCAUAAACCGUCACACUAAAGAGGAAACUCAAGUGCCUGAGAUCAGCGGAGUCGCCCGAAUAUACAAUCAGAAAUUCUUCCAAGAGCUUCAGUCUGAGACGGGUAUUGAUUUAGAAAACAUUGUCUACUACAAAGAUGAAACGCAUUAUUUUGUCAUGACUGCAAAGAAGGCGAGCUUGUUAAAGAAAGGUGUCAUAAAACAGGACUUCACCGAUGCAAACCAGCUGCUCGCAUCGGCAAACGUCAACCAGGAAGCCCUGCUUCAGUACGCCUACGACGCGGCCGACUUCUCCACAGAGCACAUGCUGCCGGACCCUGAGUUCGCACUGAACCACGCGAACCAGCCGGACGUGGCCAUGUUUGACUUCACCUCCAUGCACAGGGCAGAGUACGCCUCUCUGGUCAAAGAGAGAAAGGGGAAAAGAUUGCUCAUCGGAUUAGUGGGUGACUGUCUGGUCGAGCCAUUUUGGCCUCUGGGCACUGGAAUCGCUCGUGGUUUUUUAGCUGCGUUUGACGCUGCAUGGAUGGUGAGAAACUGGGGCAAAGGUCUGCCGCCUCUUCAGGUUCUGGCUGAGAGGGAGAGCGUGUAUCAGUUACUUUCUCAGACCACACCCGAAAACACCAGCAAGAAUUACAACUCAUACAGCAUUAACCCAUCCACACGUUACCCAAACCUUAAACUGUCCUCUAUCCAGCCCAGACAGGUCAAGCAUUUGUAUGACUUAGAGGAAGAUAUAAGCAAAUCCAGCAAACAGAAGAAACCUAUUUUAAAAUCAAAGCCCAGACAAGAGUCGAUCAGGCGUUUGGAUGAGAUGUUGUCCUGGUGUCAGAGAAACACAGCCGGAUACGAUCGCGUGAAGGUGACAGAUCUGACCGAAUCUUGGAGAUCCGGCCUGGCUCUUUGCGCUCUCAUCCACCAUUUCCGACCUGAACUUCUUGACAUGUCCUCACUAGAUGAAUCUGAUGUCACUAAGAACAACCAGUUGGCCUUUGACCUGAUAGAAAGAGAGUUUGGGAUCGCUCCCGUCAUGCGUGCCAGUGAUAUAAGUGGAUGCAAUAAAAUCGAUCAGCUUUCAAUGGUCGUGUAUCUUACACAGAUCUGCAAUGCCCUCAAUGAAAAGCAAACACCAGCAGAUCAAUCUACUAGUCUCUCGCCCCACAACAAGAGCCUCUCUCUCUCCAGAACUCGAACGGCUGUGUUGUUUCUCAACAAACUCAAGCACAACUCCCUGCAAAGACGCAAGGAGCGCCUGACAUCUAAACAAGGAUCAGGAACAGAGAAGAUGAAGGAGAAAGAGGAAGGGAAUGAGGUGAAACAGGAAAGUCCUGUGAUGCCAAUGUCACCGUCCGAUAUGGGCAACGGUGAGCUGUGUUAUUUCUGCCAGGAGCGUCUUUACCUGCUGGAGCGAGGGAGCGCUGAGGGCAAGAUCUUCCACCGGGGCUGUUUCAAGUGUUAUCAAUGCAGUUCCACCCUCCGGCAGGGCGGAUACACCUUCCACCCCAACACGGGGAGAUUUUACUGUGAGCUGCACUCAGAGGCUGAGGAUGAGGAAGGUGAUGAAGAGCACAGAGCUUCACAGGGUCAUGCUGAGAAUGGCACUAAAGUGAGCGAAAAUGACGAAACAAAACAGAAUGAUGAAAAUGUGCGGACUGAAUCCCCACUCCCACGUAUAUCAGUGAGGCGGAAGGGCUCGUAUAAAAUCUCUGUUGACCCGGACUUUGAAGAAUCAACAGAAUCCCCAACCCCUACAAAGCAGAUUGACCAACCACCAUCCAUCCCUGACGAAACUCACGCACCAUCAGAGCUCAAUCCAGAGAGCCAACCAGAGUCCACGGACACAGAGAGCCACCACGCUAACGGCGGCCCAUCAGAGUCUGCCACCCCGGUGCCGGCCCCUCGGAAUUCCAAAAAACCACUGCAUCCUCCGCUUCCAAAACCUCGCACUGUCCAUAAUGUUGUUUCCCAAGACCCAAACACUUCAGAGAACCAGGACCAGAACCCAGAGGUCCAGAAAGGUCCUCACAACCUCACACCAGACUCUAAACCCAAACAGUCUCUGCGCAAACUUCAGCUGAGCCAAGACGAAAAGACCGAUCUUCUCAACCUAAGCUUCAGCCAGGACUCGGACUCGGAGACGCCUGCUUCUUCUUCUGCUGCCUCGACAUCAUCUUCCUCCAAGCAGCAUGAAGGUGGUGAGGAGGAAAAUUACUGGAGCGGAUGUACCCCGGCAGGGAAAAGCCUGCGCGAGCUACGAAACCGCAAAUGCUUAAGGCGAAAGAGCGAGCCACCGAUCUCCGUCCAAUCGCAGCACGGCAAACCCCGCUCAAAGUUUUCCCCCUGGAAUCUGUCUUCACCACGACUGCACCCGCGCUUCAGUGUGCUCAGAGUUGUACCUUCAGGACAAGCCAAGCUAGAUCAUUACGUAUCAGAAGAUGAAGUUGAAGGUGGUGACGAUGAUGACGAUGAUGAUGAUGAAGAGGAUGAUGAGGAUCUUCAAAAUGAAGAUCAUUUUCUAGAUUGCAGGGGAGCACAGUUUGAGAUUUCCGAGUCUCAGAAACGAGAUCUGAUGAGAAUGAGAACUCUAGAGCGGAAAGCAAAGAUGACCGAAAUUCAGCGUUUCCACAAAGCUCAGUCGAUUCAGAGGAGGCUGGAGGAGAUCGAGGUGACUUUUAAAGAUCUUGAAGAGAAAGGAGUUGAGCUGGAGAGGACGUUGAGAGGAGAGGCUGGAUCAGGUGACUCUGAAACGAUAAAUAACUGGAUUGAUCUGGUUCACGAGAAGAACGAUUUGCUUUCAGAGGAGUCUGAUCUCAUGGUGGCGUCUCGACAGCUGGAACUGGAAGACAAACAGAGCAUGUUAGAGAUGGAGCUACGCAGAUACAUGGAGAUGGAUGAAUCUGAGAAAACCCCAGAACAGCGAGCACAUGAGGAUCAGGUCCUGCAGGAGAUGUUGGAUGUGGUGGACAUGAGGAAUUCACUGGUGUCCUUCCUGGAGGAGAAGAGACUGAAGGAACUCAACGAAGAUAUUAUGGUAAACUCGGUCAUGGAAACCAAGAGGCAUUCGACCGCAGGAUCCCAGGUGCACUGGGCCUGAUGGACCUCAAACACACUCGGUGACAUCAUUAUUUACACCUAUUACAUAAAUGCACCUUGUGAUGUGCCGGCAUAGAUCCACGCAUUGCACAGCUGUGUCUUUUAUUUCAAAACCAAAGGCAUAAAUCCAGUGUGCACAGAUGUGGUUACGGCACCAAAACCCAGAGAUACUCGGGUGGUUGCCGUUAAAAUACAGAUUCUGAAGACAAUGUGGUGAAAGUACACAAUCUGGCUGGACUUAAGUGGGAAGUGUCUUGCAUGAACCCAAGGGAGGUUAAUAACACAAGCUCAAACACAGGCUAUAGGCGUGCACAAUUGUGCACAUCCAUCCUGUGCCAUUCGACUAUUACGUCGAUUUUUAUAAGAUGUUUAUCGACGUCGCAGGUGUUUUGGAUAUCAAAAUCUCCUUAUCAUUAUUAUUAAAAUAGAUAUAAUAUGUAUCUACACAUUUCUGAUGUCACAUUCAGCCAAAAUGGUGAAACUUGUUGCGGCAUCUAGAUAAUAUCACAUCUUAAACAGCACUUGCAUUGUAUGCUUAUGAAUGUACUGUAAUACAGCUUUGCAACGUUAAGAUAUUUAAUAUCAACAUGGGCUUUCGUGCAAUGUACUCUGUAUUUUUCCACACAGUUAAUUGUCAUCAAACAAAAGAGAUUAUGGAUUAUUAUUCAUUGUUUUUAUAUAUUCUGCAUGAUCAUUGUUUUGACUAUUAGGGGUACAGUAUGUGUGCCUGACUUGGUCACCAUAUAUUUAUCUAUAUAUUUGGAAUUAUGUAUAAAUGCAUAUCAUUAUUUAAAAAAAUAUUUAAAAUAUAAAACAUAACAAAUUCAUUUUAGAGAGUAAAUGGAGGGUUGGACUGCUUCCAUCAACACUUUACAAACAACUUUACUGUUUGCCUAAAGUGAAAACUGUGGGACGUCAUCGGAGAGUAAAUUUGUGGUAUUGUUUGGGGUAGAGUGGUGUACUGUUUACUUUAGUCCUUCGUUCUUUGUAUUCUUUCAAAUAUUUUUGCAUCAGUAGUUUUUCACUAAACACGCUAAUAAAAAUAUAUGGCACUUUAUGAAUCUUUAUUCUCAUAUCUUUAAGGUGCUGGUGGUGUCAUAAAAAAUGUGGGACGACUCAGCCAUUCUUGAAUAUGUUUAGGUGGUCUUGCAUUAGACAAAAAAAGAUACAUAUUUUUUUAGUGAAUGUACAAUGUCAGUUUCCCUAAAGUUCACACAUAUAACAUUUAUUAUGAACGUGUUUGACAACCAGAAAAAUACAAAAUACUUUUGUCAAACCGAAUAUAAUGUUGUUAAUAUUACUUAAAAUCCAGACUUCUAUUUUGUAAAAUUGUGCUUGUGUUAUCUUAAAAUGUUGAUAUUUUGUUAUCUAAUGCAGUGACAUUCAUAUAUUGCCCUACUGUACAUUUCAUGGCCUCUGUAUAAAUCAACAGGAGUUUGUUUUUUCACUGAUAGCCAUUAAAGAACUGAUGAUUGGGAAAAUGUUA